AAGAACCUCAAGCGGGCCGAAGUUUUGCGUAACAAGGCGGUAGCACGUUGUCGGUGCGCCGGGUUUUCGUUUUGCGGGUCCUCUCGAACCCCCUGAGCGUCAUGGGCAAGGUCCAGUCGAAGAUCGUGAGCGUCUUGGUCGACUGCCUCGAGAAGCCGGAGCCGAGCCGCCUCGAGCGCACGAAGGCCUUCGUCGACGGCUCGAGCCUGCCCAUCGUCGUCACGAACUCGGCCGACGGGACCGUGGUCCACUGCAACGAGGCCUGGUGCGGCAUGUGCGGCUACGCGCGCGACGAGGCGCUCGGGCGCACGAACGGCGAGCUGCUGCAGGGCCCCGGCACGGACCUCCGGGCCGCGCGCGCCAUGGUCGGCGAGCUCCGGGCCGGCGCGUCCAAGGCGCGCGCCGUGCUAUUCAACUACAAGAAGGACCGGAGCCCCUUCUGGAACGACCUCGUCGUCACGCACAUCGGCGACGACGCGUCCGUCGGCGUCAGCGGCUACGACGUCGCCUUCCUCCGCGAGGCGCGCGACGCGGGCGACGCCGCCGACGGCGCGGCCCUCAGCGAGUGCUUCAGCAUGAAGAAGCGCCUCUCGCCCUUCACGGGCGAGCUCUCCGAGGCCUCCAUGUUCGUCGUCAGUUGAUGCCGCGCGCGCGCUGCGGAGAACCACGUCCCCCGGCGGCCGUCGCAGACGGCCGCCCGGACCGCAGCCGCGCCCGCGCCUCUCGAUGUCCCCCGUUAAAGUUUCAAGCU